AUGUCGAAAAUUGGUGUCGGCGUGAUCGGUUUAUCUCAAGGAGGAGGUUGGGCAUCCGCAGCUCAUCUCCCCUACCUGAAGCAGAGCGACAAAUUCGAGAUCGUCGCACUCACCAACUCGUCCAAAGAGAGUGCUCACAAAGCCAUGUCGAAGUAUGGUCUGGAAGAUGCCGAGGCUUAUGAUUCGGUGGAGGAGAUGGUCAAGAAUCCUCGUGUCAAACUGGUCGUUUGUGCGGUCGCCGUCUUCUCGCAUUACAAACUCGUUAAGCCCGCUCUAGAGGCUGGCAAAGAUGUUUACGUGGAGUGGCCUCUGGGAGCUACCACUAAGGAAGCGGAGGAGCUCACAACGCUGGCACAGAAGAAGGGAGUUAGGACGUUCGUUGGCCUUCAGGGAAGAGCUUCCCAUCUGGUCAGUUCGCUUCAAAGACUGGUCAGCAACGGCAGCGUUGGCAAACUCCUCGUAUCUCAGGUGUCCGGAAAUGCCGGCACACCCGAGACGGGCACCAAGUUGCCUCCAAGAUACUCCUACUUCAAGGAUCGCGAAGCCGAAGGCACGACCGGACAAGUGAUGUUGAACAUCUACAUUGGACAUACUGUGGAUUACAUGGCUACCGUGACUGGAGAGUUUGCUACCGUUUCGGCUGAAUCCAAGACGACAUGGCCGACGGUCGACCUUGUGGAAGGCGACAAAGUCCUCGAAUCGCAGAUCCCCAAGACUGCUGAUGACUAUGUCACUCUCCAUGGUACCACCACCAACGGCGCUAUCUACGCCUACACCAUGCGCGGUGGCGAUGCCUUUGCACCUGGGGAGGGAUUCGUCUGGGACAUCAUUGGCGAUAAAGGACAAAUCCGUGUGACGGGAUCAACCAUCAUGGCUAAUCUUGGUGCUGAAGAUUACAAGAUUAGACUGAAGGACUAUGCUACCGGCGAUGUCAGCGAUGUUGAGUUGGACAGUCAUCUCGACGUUCCUCUAGCUGCACAAAAUGUUGGCAAGCUGUAUGAAAGCUAUGCUUCUGGUCAACCCCUUUGUACUUUCGAGAGCGCUGUCCAGAGACACCAGUUCUUGGACGGCAUGUUCGAGUCCAUCAAUCAGCAAAGGGUCGUAACUCUGUAG